GCCUGCCCCAGUCUGUUCAUGUUCCACUUAGUCAUACCAUUCUGCAAUGUCUCUAGACAACUGAAUUCAGCCAAAGGAGGCGUACUCUCCAUUGUUUGAGCAGUCCCAGUUCUUUCAGGUUUUUGGAGCUGUCCUGUCGCUGGGGUUUUGGGACAAGCUUUGUCUCUUUGGCUGGAAUAUUAUGGUUGAGGUUACCUCUUCAAUCGCUCAGUCCAGCUGCUCUCCCACCUGCUUCCCGUUCUGUUUGAAUCUUUGGAUGUUAUCGGGUUCUCUCAGAGGCUGCAGCAUUCCGACACCAACCAGCCGGGAAACAGCUGGGAAACAGCCCGGAAAACAGCCAGAAAACAGCCGGAAAACAGUCUGGAAAGCAGCCGGGAAACAGCCAGAAAAUAGUCUGGAAAGCAGCCGGGAAACAACCAGGAAACAGCCGGGAAACAGCCCGGAAAACAGCCUGGGGAACAGCCAGGAAACAGCCCGGAAAGCAGCCGGGAAACAGCCCGGAAAACAGCCCGGGGAACAGCCGGGAAACAGCCCGGGGAACAGCUGGGAAACAGCCCAGAAAACAGCCAGAAAACAGCCCGGGAAACAGCUGGGAAAUAGCCCGGAAAACAACCAGAAAACAGCCCGGGAAACAGCUGGGAAAUAGCCCGGAAAACAGCCAGAAAACAGCUGGGAAACAGCUGGGAAAUAGCCCGGAAAACAGCCAGGAAACAGCUGGGAAACAGCCCGGAAAACAGCCAGAAAACAGCCCGGGAAACAGCUGGGAAAUAGCCCGGGAAACAGCUGGGAAAUAGCCCGGAAAACAGCCAGAAAACAGCUGGGAAACAGCUGGGAAAUAGCCCGGAAAACAGCCAGGAAACAGCUGGGAAAUAGCCCGGAAAACAGCCAGAAAACAGCCCGGGAAACAGCUGGGAAAUAGCCCGGGAAACAGCUGGGAAAUAGCCCGGGAAACAGCUGGGAAAUAGCCCGGGAAACAGCCAGGAAACAGCUGGGAAACAGCUGGAAAACAGUCUGGAAAACAGCCAGAAAACAGUCUGGAAAGCAGCCGGGAAACAGCCAGGAAACAGCCGGGAAACAGCCCGGAAAGCAGCCGGGAAACAGCCCGGAAAGCAGCCGGGAAACAGCCGGGAAACAGCCCAGAACCAGACAUGUGGUUUUUCAAACCAGCUGUAGAGAUUGUUUGGGGAAAUUGGUUAAAAUCAAAGAUAAAAUAUUUGUGUUGAUUUUUAUGAUGUAUUUGUUUGAGAGAUUUGAAACAAACACAUUCCUUUCUUUUUUUUUGCUAAAUGAAUAGUUAUUGUAAUUUAGUUUCUAAUCUCCAGCAGCCUCUGGGUUUUAGUUCAGUUUUAACCUCGAUUGUAAAAGUGCCCAGGAACUAGACCUGAGGCAAGACUGCAACAAAAUCCACACUGGCACCUUUGAGAAUUAAUUAUUUAAUGAUCAUAUUUUAAAAUUCACUCUUGAGAUGUGGGUGUCACUGGCUGGGCCCAGUAUUUAUUCCCCAUCCCCAGU